ACAAAGCACUAGUGUAGAAAAAGCUUAUUACAAAUAGCAGGAGAAAAAAGAAAUAUCGAGUCAUAGUUUGUACACUGUUUGUUCCUAAAUACUUGUUGACGGAGGGAGUAUAUCAAGUAGGUGCCCAAAAAGAAAAAGAAAAACAGCUUCCCCGCCGAAAAAGCCGAAGCAGUCGUUAGCUGUUUAGGCUAAACUCGCGAACGGUUUUUACAUAGAUGGAUCGAGUCGUUAACCUUCCGUGGGUUCGUCUGCUGCAGGUGGCAAAGACGACCAAGAAGAAGGCUGCGCCCACGCCGGCGGCCACCGCAGGAGCCAUGGAAGCCGCAGAAGCCUCCCCGCCGGCGCAGCAGCCGAGCUUUCUAUACACGGCGCCGCCGCCCGCCAUGCCGGUGCCUUUCAUCUGGGGCGGCGGGUCCACCUGGCCGCCGCCGCCGGCCGGAGGAGCGUACGACCCCGCCGCCGGAGCCGGAGCAGGACACCCCCACCCGCCGCCGAUCUGCUUCCCGCCGGGGUGCGCCUGGUACUACCCCGUCAUGGCGGCCUCCGCCGCCGCCGGGGGGGAUCAAUCCCCGACGUCCCAGGAUCCGCCGCCGACGAGCGCGGCCGGAGGCGGAGACGACGACCCCUGCAUCUCGCUGACACUCGCCAUCGACGCCGACAAGGCCGCCAAGAGCGCUGCUUGCCAGAGCAGCAGCAAGGAGAGCAAGGCGGCGGCGGCGGCGGAGGCGAGGAGAAGGCGGAAGGAGCUAACCAAGCUCAAGCAGCUGCACGCCGCCGGCGGACGCCAUGGAGGAGGAGCCGGAGAGCACUGCCAUUGUUCUGUGAUCCAAGUAACCAACCAACACUGAUGGAUGACGAUUUUGGGGGAUUAAUUCCAGCUCGGAGGCAAAAUGACAACCCUACUGAAGAUCAAGCACUGAUAUAUACUCCGUAUUUAGCAGUACAGGAAAUUUCCUUCCGGUUAAUUUCUUGUUCUUCAUGCAUGCUUCUACUACUAGCUUGCUUCUUAUUAGUACUAAUCAUGCCUUAAGGCAGCACCUGUCAAGUGUUUUCUGAAAUAGUAUUAUCAUUCUUUGGUGCAAUCUGUAACCGGAGGGAGGAGUGUCUUGUGAGUUGUGAUUCUUUUUGUGUUACAUUCUUUGAACUCUUUUGCUCCGUGGAAAAGAGACCAAAAAAGUUUAUUUAGAUAUAAGGCUGAAAUAAACUCAUGCCCCAAAGCAGUUUGAGUG